AACUGAGUUGUGGCACAGCCGCUGUUGCUGAAUCGUUGCAGCAAUAAACUGAGCUGUACAGAAGAGUAGACCUACAACAUCCGGGCAAUAGCAAGCUUGCGCAGAAACGGAAUGGCGGAGGAAUCUUAUAUUAUUCACAGCUCAGUCAACCAAACUGAAGAAGACCUGUGAUAAAUGGAUGACACUGUGCACCAGUGCCCUGGUGAGUGAAAAGCAUCUGAACACGAGUGGGAAAGUUGCGGCCUAGUGAAGAGUGCAGCGAUGAGGGCCCUCUGCAGAGGAAGCUGCAGAUGUAACAAGUCUUAGAGGAACUGGAGCAGAAGAGUCCUUGCUCCAUGAAGAUGGCAGCAAAAUCCCACACUGCCAGUGAGCCUUCUUUGGAGGAGCUGCUGGCUUUGUACGGUUACACUGUUCCAGAUCCAGAGAAGGAGACCUGCCUUAUGGCUGCCAGCAUGCCAGACAGGACAUUGAGCAAGGGACAAAUAACUGAUGAUCUUUUUAAUGGAGAGAAGAAAGAAGACCCAUCAGCUUAUGAUCUCACCUCCUCAAACACCUCAGAUCUGCUGCGCCGCCUCCAGGGUGGAGACAAAGCCACAUCAGUCAGCUCAUCAGACGAGGACUCUGAUGAUGCCUCAAUUCCCUCCAAUGAAGAGCACAAGGAGAUUAUGGUUGGCUCCAUGUAUCAAGCAAAAAUCCCUCCAUUAAACCCAUAUAGCUACAGAGAGAGAGCCUACAGCGGCGAAGACCAGCUGCUGUGGAAACCCGGGCUAUUGUCAGUUCAGGAAGUGGAAGAGUUCUUACUGAAUGCACAGAGGCCUCGUGGCCAGGAGGGGGCAGUAUGCGCACAAGGGGCUACUGUUCAAGACAAUGAACAGGCACUGUAUGAGCUGGUAAAAUGCAACUUCAAUGCAGAGGAGGCACUGAGGCGAUUAUGUUUCAAUGUGAAAGUGUUCAGCGAUGAGCUGUGUUCUUGGAGUGAGGAGGAGUGCAGGAACUUUGAACACGGCUAUCGGGUUUAUGGUAAAAACUUCCACCUCAUUCAGGCUAAUAAGGUACGAACACGGUCUGUGGGAGAGUGUGUGGAGUAUUACUACAUGUGGAAGAAGUCUGAACGGCACAUUUACUUUACCCAACAGACCACUAGGCUGAGUCGGAAGAAAUACAGCCUGCAGUCAGGGAGCGUUGAGAAUGGAGACCAGGAUGGGGAGGGUGGGGAUCUCGAGGAAAGCAACAGUUCUUCAGGAUUGUUGUCACACAGUACCAUGAGCGCAGCACAGCUGGAGUCCCCAUUACCUCUUCACUCAAACCUGGACCUGAAAAAAGAAACUAAAAGUCACGAUGAUGAGCUGGUGAUGAGUCUGUCAGAACUAUGUGGUGAUGAAUGUCCUCAGCAGCUUUUUGAAUGUCCCUUCUCUUUCCCGUCCAUGGACAACCUUCGGGAUCCAGGCUCAGAAAGCUGUUGUCCCUCAUCUCCAGUCCAACUUCAGUCUCAACCCUUGGCUCAGAGCUCUCAGUGGGCCUGCCAGAGCUCACCGUCCCACCGUGAUGACCACGGCCUCCGAAGCUCCUGCUUCUACCAGCUACACAUGCAUGGCGAACAUUUUGCUUCUGAGGGCUCAGACUGUGGGACAGCAGGCGAGGGGGCUGACACCCCACAUAGGCUGCAGAUGGACUUUAGUCUGCCUUCCGCCCCACCUUCUUCAUCUGUUUUUUCAUCACACUUCCAGGUAUUUGGCAGCCUGCUGCACCCCUCACCUAUCCAGCAUCCUCGCUCUUUGACACAGUGAGGGGACUUGGAAAGAUCUCACCAUAAUAGAACUCUUUCCAAUUUGUUCUGGGUAGAUUUCUUCACACUGGGGUCAAAGAAACCAGGACAAAACGUGCAUUUACCUAACUUUUGAAGACAUUUUGGAACUGCUGUGUUGAGGCCCACCUGUCCAUCAUGUGGUUGGCACAUGCAGCUUCUGUCCACUGUGGAAUGAUGAUCACUACUUUCAGACAUUUAUCAUCUGUAUAUCUAACCGUUUAUUUCCACAGUCUGCACCAGGGCAGCUCUGCUGUUUGGCUACAGUGAAUAUUAAAUUGUAAAAGCACACUGUCCACUUUUAAUAAUGACAAUAAUGGCAACUGUAACAACUUCUCCUUUGUUUUCUUAUCAGAAAGGAAAGGCUUGACUUUUCUAUGUUCAUAUUACUCAGAACAGUAACUGCUGCUGUUAUUUCAGAUGUGUCAUAUGUUUAAAAAUCAGCUUUGUAAAAUAAAAUUGAAACUUCAAAUCUCCUCAUCUAAAUCUGUAACUAGCUCUCCUUCUGUCCUCCUAUGUGGCUGCUUUCUCUGCGCUGCCUUUCUGUAGAUUUCACAGCACCUGGAACAAAUUGUAUUGUGUACGCCUGAUUAGUAUGUGGAGCCAUGUAGGAUUAACAAGAACUAUUUUGCAAUAUUCAGUUGUUUUUUUUGUUUGUUUGUUUGUUUGUCUGUUUUUUUCUUUCAUAUUAAUAGAAGUUAUUGAUUCGUGCACUUCCUUGAAGCUUUUACUUUAAAAUGUGUAAAAGUUCCGUGCUUUAUCAGUAACUUCUCAUUUUUAGGGUGUUAAAUUAAAAUCAACCAGAAAGGACACAAUGAAAAUGAAAAGUGCAGCAAAUUCCUGUUAUAGCAUGUAAAAACUGUUCCUCAGGCUUUGUAAAUUUGGAUCGCCAAGAUAAAUUGUGUGUGUGAUCCUUCUGAACAGGUAUAACACUGUUUAUCCAGUGAGAAAUAUGGUUGUUUUAUUAUUUAGUGAAGAAAUCACCCAUCCUUCGCUUAACAUUUACUACUAAAACUGCUUGUUGUUUCUACCUGUCCUUUAUUAAAACAGUUUAUUAGAAAGACAGGUGUUUUCUAACAAGCCUCUAAAGCAUUUUAGUGGAUCAGAUUAUGUUUCAGAUUUGAGAUAAUUUUGUUUUCAAUUCAAAUUACAUAAACCACAUCUUGUUUCAAUUACCUAGUUUGCUUUGUGAGAACAAAAUCUACAUGAAAAUCAUAUAUUUAAAAGCCUAUAGCAAAACAGUAACAAGACUCAGGUAACACCUUGUGAGUAAAGAUUGAAGUGAAGGGGGUAAUAUUUCAGACUGGGACAAGUGGCCAUCAGUAAUUAUUGUUGCUUAUUUAUACAGUAAUAAAGAGAUGCAUAUCUGUUACUUUACCUCCUACUGGCAGUGUUUGGUUGUUUCAGAAAAUUAUGUAUUUAUGCAUUUCCUCACAUUUGUAUGUCUCUACAUUUUAAUGAACCUCUAAAGAGGUAAAGAAAAGUCCUUCUUGGGGAGAUGAUUUAGAUCCACUUUUCCAUCCUCUAUUUUCUCUGCAUUUUCUCUGUAAAUGUUUAAUCUUUUCCUGUCACCUUUAAAAAAAUAAGUCAGUUUCCAAUCAGUUUUUGUAUGGACUUUGUUUACAUGCAGGGUUUUCCAGGUUAGGCUACCAAGGCAGGUUAAGGAGUACAAGUCACUGCCUUUUGUUUAUUCUUUAUUUUGACUUUUUUUUUUUUUUAGCUAUUUCUAUAUUGUACUGCUUCCAUUAUGUUUAUUUCAAAUUGUUAUAUUUUUAAAGAAAAAUAAAUGAAUUCACCAGUGGAAAUACUUACAUGUAUUGUUGCUGUAUGAGUUACUUUGAUGGCUUGGGAAACCUGUGAGAAUAGUCUUUUAAUGUUAUGAGUGAAAUUGUAAAGUGUUGGCAAUUUCAUGUAAAGGUUAUACCAGGAGAAAGUGAAAAUACAAAAGAUG